GAUCUACAUCUGCACAGCAUGCAAAUACUGAGCUGCAAACAUCUCCUUUCUGUGUAUAUGUGAUCAGCUGUGCCUGUGCUUCCUCUGCCUUGCUCCCCUCCUCCCUCCCACGCCUCCAGUGUGCAUUUCUACAUAAAAACAGAAACUGCCAGCUCCCUCAAUCAGAAACACAGGAGAAGAGGACGGGAACAAGCCACCUUGUUCUCAGCUUUUCCCUCGCCUUGCAGUCUUUGCAUCCAACCUGCAGAGACGGACAGCACAAGCACUACACUCAAGCAGUGACUGCAUGACAAUCUCUAGUUCUUAGUUUUAUAGUGUUUUACGCUGCAGUACAGCCUAUUUGCAUAUUUUAUUUUUUGGAAGGGAGUGAGGUAACAGGCAUUUACCUCCUUCCAGCCUUUAUGGCUUUACCAGACAACGCACGUGGAUUGCCCAAUGGUGGUGGUGGAGGUGGCAGCUGUGCAGGAGGCAAACCCUUGGAUCCUUUGUUCCCAGAAAUCGUGGAGCUAAAUGUUGGGGGACAGGUCUAUGUGACCCGACACACGACCCUGGUGUCAGUUCCAGACUCUCUGCUCUGGCGUAUGUUUUCCCAACAGAAACCAGGAGAGCUUGCUCGUGACAGUAAGGGACGUUUCUUCCUUGACCGGGAUGGUUUCCUAUUUCGUUACAUAUUGGAUUAUCUGCGAGAUCUGCAGCUUGUUUUGCCAGAUUACUUUCCAGAGAGAAGUCGACUGCAAAGAGAAGCCGAGCACUUUCAGCUUCCUGAACUAGUAAAGCGUCUGAAUCCUCUGCGUAUCAGCAAGGACAGCUCCAUAGGGGGUGAAGAGCCACCUUUACUCCUCACCCCAGCAACAAUUCAAGACUCGGAAUUGGAAACAGCAGUCAUUACCUCCUCAACCUCUCCUGCAGCUGGGGUGCCCUCCCCAACAUUAGAUCCGUAUCGUUUUAAUGCCUCCUCUUCUUGCAGCCCUGCCUCAGUCCCUCGUCUCACUCCUUCCCAGUCCCUGGAAGGCAAAAGGUCUGGAUACAUAACAGUUGGCUACCGAGGUUCUUAUACUAUAGGACGUGAAGCACAGGCUGAUGCAAAGUUCCGAAGAGUUGCUCGUAUCACUGUCUGCGGCAAAACUUCCCUGGCCAAAGAAGUUUUUGGAGAAACCUUAAAUGAAAGCCGAGAUCCUGACAGACCUCCUGAGAGGUACACCUCCAGGUACUACCUCAAGUUUAACUUUCUGGAGCAAGCUUUUGACAAGUUAUCUGAAUCUGGCUUUCACAUGGUGGCCUGCAGUUCUACAGGAACAUGCGCAUUUGCCAGCAAUGACCAGAGUGAGGACAAAGUGUGGACCAGCUACACUGAGUAUGUGUUUUGCAGAGACUGAAACUUUUUAAGCAAUCAUCAAGAACAUUUAGUCACUGAUAUUAUAUCUGUUGAUCACAAAUGCAAUGAAAAAGGAACUUUAACAUUUUCCAACCGGGAGGAAAACAUUGUGUGACUGGUCUAUCUACUUUCAGAAUAUUAGUUUUUAAGACAGUAAGAUUUAAUUUUCUGGGCAGCACAAUGCUUAUGAAAACUAGAACUGAUUACUGUAAGAACUAUCAUGCUCACAAAGGAUUGUGAUUUACGGCUGUGGAAAAAGUGACACGUUGUAUCACAGAGGCAGGAAGAAUUCUAAGUCAUAUUUCUUAAAUUCUUCCUGCUGGAAUGUGUCAGUACAGCACUAGCCCUUUCUGCUUUAGGAAGCACAAGAUAUAUAACAGUUGCUCCACAGAGAGCUGGGAAGAGAAGAGUCCAUAGGCAACUUGUAAGCAUUCACCCUCUAAACCUUUCUAUUCUAUAUUGAAUAAUAAUCAUUUCAUUUUUGGCAACAUACAGUAGCUCACCCACUAUAUUAGAAUGUAGAACUGCAAAUGUGUAAGUUCAACCCAAGGUUCAUUUUAUUGAAUGUCUUUAUUUCUGCUCAGUUCCUGAUCUCCAGCAUCUCACAUUAUGUACACAGUAUGUACUAAGCUUUGGAGUGAGAUAAAUGGACGGAAAUAAUAUACCAACUAACUAGCUCCUAACUGUCAUGUUUCAAAGACAGCCUGUAACAUGGCAGAGAGGAACUGACUGACCGGUACUUUAUCUCCGUCCACGAUAUAUCUCUCCAAGGCUUAGUAUAUAGACCCCUAAGGCUAAUAGACACUGUCAUGAUUCUAAAUAAUGAUAGGGACAUAGUUUUUAGUCACAACAGCAUUUUGUCAUUUUGUAAUAAAAACUCUGGUUAGAAAAAAUAAUAAUACAUACAGUAUAAGUUUUUCAAUAUGUUAUCUUGCAUUUGUUCCGGGCGUUUAUCAAAGCUUACGUUUCAUUUACAAAAAUUGCACUUUUCUUAUCCGAGUGUUAGAGAAAGCUUUGAGACGUUUUGUUUGUGCAGCCAGCAUUCAGCACAGUGUUUGUUCUGCUGAGAUCUAGUAGUACAAAGCCUUUGUGAUUCAUCGCUUCCAGACGUUAAUUAAAAACAUUAAAGGGCUUAUUUACAGAGUUGCUGCUCACCUAUCUUAGUAAACAGUCUAGCUGUAAAUCAUACAUUUUGGCUGGCAUUGGAAAUAGGAGGCAUAUAUAAUAUUAAAAACAAUGUCCAGCCAUGCUAUACAUUCUAUAUGCUCCAUUCAUGUAAAUAGCAUUGCACUGUACAUGAAAGUAGCUAAGCAAAGAUGAUCCCACUACAGAGAAGAGAGUCUCACUAUGAGCAUCUUAUUGUUUUAUCACAAUGUAUCUGAAUAGUGGAAAUCGACCUUUCUCAUUUGCAGGUCUCGUUGGAUGAAUUAGUAAGAUUUUCAUUAAUAAUGAUAAUUUGGUAAAAUGUCAGCAGUCUGGUACACAGGCUUAAUCUUCCACAUAUGUGCAUUCAGGUGAGUCUGGUGAAAACACAAAGGCAGCGUAGGACAAAUGAUUUAUUAUCCCUUUGCUGCAGCAGCUAUUGAAAUACAAUGAGUCUGACUUGAUAUGACCACUGUUGUCUACUGAAGCACAUUAUAAAUGAAUGAGUCAUUAACAUAUUAUGCCACUACUGAAAUAUCACUUAUUAUGAUUACAUGAACUCAGACAACCAUGGCUUUACCAAAGAUUGCCAUUGCAUUGAUUUAAUAAUUUAAGUGUUUUUGUUCUGCAAUAAAAUAAAUUUAGCAUAUAAACAAUUCAGUGCUCAUACGCCUUUGUAUCUGCAAGGAGCUGCUGAGCUGUGCAGAUGUAUGUCAGAUUUGGGGUACACCGUAUCCAUGUUUAUGGUAGUCUUAUCUCAGUCUUAUUCCUGAACGGAACAUAUUUCUAUUUUAUAUUACAACAAAGAAUCAAUAAUACAAGGAAGCAAUAAAAAUAAUCCCAAUAACCCUAUUGAUAAAUAUCACAUUACAGCCUAUUUACCAUGAGGAAGUUGAAACAUUUACAGUUGCCUCCAAGUAUUCUGAGUAUUUGAAUACAAUGUCUUGCUAAAGCUAUUGCCUAAGUGACUAACCCUAUGUCAUUUGCAUAAAGUAAUCAUUAAUAAGGGAUUCUUAAAGAAGCCCAAACUCAUUCCAAUGUAAUACUGCCUUCAGAUUCCCAUCAUCAGUCUUGGGCUGACUAGAAAUGAUGGCAUUUAUAGUUAAUCUACAUUGUUGCUUACUGUAGGCCAAACAUGCCUUACAUAUGUGGCUAUCUCCAAUUAUCUGGGAUUUAUACUAUUAUUUCUUGUUUUUUUCCCCCAGAUCAUUAACAUUUUUUGUAUACUUGCAGUAUAUAAUAUUUACUGUUAAUUUGCAAUACUUUACAGCAGACGUGAUGCUUUGCUGGGAUUUCUAUCGCUUCGUAGAUUGCUAUCUUGUCACUUUGUGAAUUGAAUUAAGCAGGAGUCACUGACUUAAUAAUUUUUAUUGAAUGCCCCAUAACAUUUAAAUCCAUAAAGAGGGGCAUAAAUUGUUUAUAAAAUGUAUAUAUAUACAUUAAUAUGUAUGUAUAUAUAUAAAUAUAUAGAAUAAAAAGCAUUUUACAGGAACCAUUUAGUUUUUUAAUCAUAUAUUAGUUCUCUGAAGUAACAUAACUAGCUUAAAGGACUUGCAAUAUAUAUAUAUGGUGAACAAAUAUAUGAUGUAUUGAAUUUGCUAUUGACUAUAUUGUCUGAAAUAUUAUAUGCCGUUUUGGAAAGCAUACAAUAAUAGCAGUUAUUACAUAACCUUUGUGUGCAUACCAAUAUAUGUCGCUGUUCCUUUAGCAUAAGGCGAUGUCUCAGCUACUAACAGUGGGGUUAAUAUAAAUACCACAGCUGACUUUUAUGUCCUGUUGCUAAUUUUAAUAAAAUUCCAAUUGUUUGUAAAUAAUCUUGUUUCUAGUUAUAUCCUGUUGUGGAUGGUCGUCCUGUUUCAACCACUUCACUAGUUGAUUAGUUAAUGUAUUUUAUUAUGAUUUACUAACAUGAGUUCCAUUGUAGCAAGACAAUGGAUGAAUAUAAGAAUCUAUAGCCAUGGUAUAACUUCAUGUGUAAAAAGAUGAAAUAAAUAUGUCUGCCACAAUAGUUUUGACAUAUUCAGAGUAUUAAUGUUGACGUUCAAGCAAUUGUAGCCAUGGUUGGACUUUUAUUCCACUGCUAAUCUCUAAUGAGGUAGCGUAUUACCUGUAAAGUGAGGUUUUAAACAAGAAAUAGUUUACCUAACUGAUGUUCCUGUUUAUACUAGCGUGGACAAUGUUUGCAAAAGACACAUUACGUUACGUAAACUGCUUGCUGUUUUUUUGGUGUUAUUUAAAGCAACCCUGCAGUAAAAUCUUAUUUUUAGACAAA